GAGAGCAAGUGCCUGUGCAAGCCCUCUGGGGAAAGAGAGAAAGUGACAGGAGAAGGAAGGAACACUAAACAAUCAACGGAGAUCAGUGGAGCUAAUUUACAGCUUGAAAGACAGAAGAGGGGAGAAAUCAAGCAUUUUAUUUUUGCUUUUCAGUCUCAUGCCUGCUUUCCCUCAUUACCCUUUCCCUUGUAUCACCUGAACUUCUUUACUUGCAAUCUUUAUUUGUGGCCUGUUCAAGCAUGCCCACAAACGGAAUUAACAAGGCCCUGAAGCUGCAGUUUGGCCUUAUCAACUAUGAGAAUCGCUACCUUACAGCUGAGGCCUUUGGCUUCAAGGUGAACGCCUCAGGCAUCAGCAUGAAGAAGAAACAGAUCUGGACCUUAGAGCAGGACGAGCAAGAUGGCCAAGUAGUGUUCCUCCGCAGUCACCUGGGACGGUAUCUGGCCUCUGACAAAGAUGGGAAGAUCACAUGUGGGGCAGAGAAACCUGACCCUGAAUGCCGUUUCCUUAUUGUGCCCCAAUCUGAUGGUCGCUGGGCAUUGCAAUCAGAGCCUUACCUGCGUUACUUUGGAGGCUCGGCUGACUACCUGUCCUGCUUUGCCCAAGCCAUUGGGGAACAAGAGCUGUGGGCUGUCCAUUUGGCUUUACACCCACAGGCCAGCCUGCUCAGUGUGGCACGUAAGCGCUAUGCCCAUCUGUCUGCUUCAGAUGGAGAGAUCUCAGUGGACAGCAACAUUCCCUGGGGAGUGGACUCCCUGGUCACCUUGGUAUACCUGGAUGGCAAGUACAGCCUGAAGACCUGUGACAGCCGUUUCCUCAGCAAUGAUGGCAAACUGGUGAAGGAGAAUACCAAUACUACUAGCUUCACACUGGAGCUGAAAUCUGGCAAGCUGGCCUUUAAGGACUGUGAUGGGAAAUAUCUGACCCCAGUGGGUCCCACAGGAACGCUGCGAUCUGGCCGAUGCUCCAAGCCUGGAAAAGAUGAGCUGUUCGAUCUCGAGGAGAGUCAUCCACAAGUAGUUUUUCAAGCCGCCAAUAAAAGAUUUGUCUCGGUCAAGCAAGGAGUGAGUAUUUCAGCCAAUCAGGAUGUGGAGACAGACAUGGAGACCUUCCAGAUGGAGAUUGAUAAGGAGAGCAAAAAGUCUAUGUUCAGGACCAAUGGUGGAUCCUACUGGACUUUAGUGACUCAUGGAGAGAUCCAGUCCACUGCCACAGAAGUAGAGAUCAACACAAUGUUUGACAUUGAGUGGCGAGAACAGAGGGUGGCACUCAAAGCAAGUAAUGGAAAGUAUGUGUGUACAAAGAAGAAUGGGCAGCUCUCAGCAGUCAGCGAUACAGUGGGUGAUGAUGAAUUAUUCCUGAUGAAACUCAUCAACCGCCCUAUGCUGAUCCUUAGUGGAGAAAAUGGCUUUGUGUGUCACCACAAGAACUCCAACACUCUGGACGCAAAUCGAUCUGUCUAUGACAUUUUCUUAUUGAUCUUCAAUGAUGGCGCUUACAAUGUAAAAAGUGUGAAUGGAAAGUUCUGGUACGUCUCUAGCAGUGGCCUAGUGUGCUCAGACGGAGAAAAGCCAGAGGACUUUUUCCUUGAGUUCCUGGAACAUGGACGCAUCGCUAUCAAGGGCUCUAAUGGCAAGUACCUUCGUGGAGACCAGGGAGGUACACUUAUGGGUGAUGGUACAACUGUUGAUGCAUCUUCUCUUUGGGAGUACUGAUCCCCUUCAAUCAGGGUCCUAAAAGAGGGAGCAAGAAGUUGGGGUUCUAUCGAGAAGCGGACUGACCGGGUAACAUUUUCCUGCCUGUUUUUAUACUAGCUGCCAGGUCCCCGAUACCAUGGUUUGUUUUGGGUUUUUUUAAUUGGGAAGAAGUGAACACUUUAGGUAGGAAGAUAUAUGUGGUUUUUAUUAUAAAUACUAAAUGUUUUGUCUUUCAAAUGACAAUGCCAACAUCAAACAACACAUACUAUGUGAAAAUGUGUAAUUUCACAAAUUACAUUCCAAAUUCCAAAGUCCAAAUUAUUUCAGACAAACUUUGUUCAAUAUAGCUACAGUGACACCCAAAUAUCUUUGAGGGCAGCCGCACUGAUCAGUCACUGAACAGAGAGAAAUUUAACAAAGAGUGUUGCUACCUUUGACACAUUUUCAGUUUAGCCUAUUCAGAAAGCAUGGCCAUGAAUGGCAACAAAAGAAAUGUUUAGUCCUUCUGUUGCUGCUAAAUUCCACUGGCUAAAUAGACUAAAUAUCUCCAAAAGCUGAAAAAACCAUUGCCGAUUUCUCUGACAAUCAAAACUGAUACAAAUCUGGCACAUCAGUCCUGAAUAACAUUCAGGAAAAUCAAUGAAAAACAAUGACACAGACAAUGUCGGAUCAGUGUGGCUACAUCCUUUUUCCCCCAAACAAAUAGGGAUACUUAUGUAUAGACACAAAAUGAACUUAGUUUGGUUUAGGCGAAUAGACCUUAGUCGACUAGGUUAAUCUGGAUCUUACUUCUGUAACCUCUGUCAACAAUCCCACCACGUUUGUUUACAGCUUUUAAAUUAUUUCAAUACUUUGACUUGUUCUAUAAGAACAGUCAAAGAUGUCUUCUCUAAACACUAUGACUCUAAACACCAAGGUAAUGCACCUCUGUCUUCAAAGACAGCAAAUAGCUGGUGUCAAUGGUGUUUCCAUUUAUCUGAAUGGACCAUUGACAGCUUCCAUAUAAGCACAAUAUGAAGCAAAUGAAGUGGACUGGAGCAAAUAGGCUGUACUGUCUCAAGCACAUCUGCAGUGCUGCGCAAUGUAUAUCCAAAGAGGAGUUAAUUCAGCAUCACUGCAAACACUGAAAUACAUGUUGUGAUAUAGAUGUGUAACACAUAUAGAAAUACAGAGAUCAGACAUGUUCAGUAACAAAGAACAUCAGUAGAACUGUCAUAUAUCCAUAUCAGGGACAAGCAAGAAUCCAAAGGGGGAGCACAUUUAAAGUAUUUGAUGGACUAUACAUCAUUUUAAUGUACCAGGUGUGAACUCAGAAAGUGCUUCUCUGGUGUUCUGCCUAGGGGCCUUAAAUCAUACUGCACUCUAUAUCCCUUUAUACCCUGUUCUCAUAUUCAGAGUUGGGUGGUAAGAUUAGAACAAAUAAUGGAUUUAGAUAACAGAUAUUUUUGAAAAGAUUGCAAAGAUUACUUACAGGAAUACUUAUAAGUGGAAUAAGAAAACUCAUUAGGCCAUUACAACAGUGACAUCCUAUAAAACAUCAUGCAGAAGCAAAUGUGUUUGAAUACAAAUCUUAAAAUAAUGCUUGUUUUCCAUCUGUUUACCCACAGUCAGAUGAGAGGAUGCAAUGAAUUUCAUUUGUGAAAUGAGUGCUAUGUGCACUCCCUAAACCCAGCUCCAAUGUGUCAGCAAACUUCAGACAGCUUUGGAGUUGUUGGAAAACAUGUUAUUUCACUUUUUACAGAGCUGGGCUAUCUGCCUUCCUUCUGCUUCCAGUCUUUGUGCACAGCUAGGCCAAGAACGUCCCACUGCAACUAAUAUGAACCUUCUUAUCUAACUCUGGAUAUGACAGCAAACAACUGUAUUUCACAAAAUGCCGUAGAGAGUGUCCCUCUAAGUAACCUACCCAACACUGCUUUUGUAAAAUGUGAGCAGUAGCCUCUAGUAUACCCUUAUCCAGCACAGCCCUUUUAAAUGGGAACUUUUUGUAUUUUGAUUCAAUCUCUCACAAGGCUUACUGAAUUGAUUACAUACUCCUGACACCCAUCAAAUCGCUAAGGUCACAAGCUGCCCAGAUUUUUAUGGUAUAGAUGUUGGUGUGCAGCACAGAGGACAACCUUAACCUGUAUACAAUUUAUCCUGUAGAGUUUUGUCAGUUAUUUCCCAGGAAAAAAUAAAAUCUGCAAUAGUUCAAAUGUAAACCAAUGGUUUUGUGAUGUGUGCAAUUUGCAAUUAAUAGAGAAACAUUUUAGAAAGCAAGGUCUAAAAGGCUUGGUCACCUAUGCAUCCUGAGAGCCUCCAACCAUAUUUUAGAAUGUGUUUAAUAUAUAUAGAUAGAUGUUUGUUGAUUUACUAUCUUUGUUUUCUGAUAUGAUUUUUGAAAAUGCUGAUGUAAAUAAAAACAUGAAAAUAUC